UGCCAGUCGCUCCACAAAACGCCGUUUCUUUGUUAUUCUUAGUUUUCAGUCGAAGUGGAGUAGAAAAUAUCAAAUUUUGGGGCAAAAUGACGCAGAUGUCGGAUGAACAAUUUCGCAUACUCAUCGAAACGAUACGAGCCCUGGCACCCAUCAAAGACGAUGAGCCGCAAUCGAAGGGGAGCUUCAGCAACUGCCCCGUCCGCUUCAGUGGGCAGCGUGAUCAUGAUGCCGUGGAUGAGUUUAUAACGGCGGUGGAGACGUAUAAGGAGGUGGAGGGAAUCAGCGAUCGGGACGCCCUGAAGGGACUGCCGCUUCUGUUCAACAACAUCGCCGUGGUCUGGUGGAAGGGGGUGCGACGGGAUGCCAAAACAUGGCCGGAUGCAAUGCAGCUGCUGCGGGACCACUUCUCGCCCACCAAGCCAUCCUAUCAAAUCUACAUGGAAAUCUUUGAGACAAAGCAGGGAGGAGGUGAAGUCAUAGAUUCGUUCAUCUGCAAGCAGCGCGCGCUCUUGGCCAAGCUACCAGACGGCCGGCACGACGAGGAAACAGAGCUGGACUUCAUCUACGGCCUGAUGCAGCCCAAGUACAGGGAGAGUAUUCCAAGACAUGAAAUUAAGAGCUUUCGGGAAUUGUUGGACCGGGGACGCACUGUGGAGCGUACCAGGCACUGAGGAAUGCUGUAAAUAGUUGUAAAUCGUAUAAAUAAAGUAGGAUAAUAAAUUAAAA